UCUUUAUUUCUUGGGUUAGUUUUUCAUCAUUUUAUGUUUUUAAACUUAUUAUGCUUUUCGUCGCCGUCUCAGUGCACGGUGAUGUUAAUGGUGGCGCACGUUGCAAACCAGAAGCCAAAACGUAUGCACCGUCUUCCCCUAGUAGAAAGAGGACUGGGGACGGGAAGCCGGGAAGCGGACUCGGGUUCUCUUUCUUUAAAAUAGAAAGCAGGUCGCUAAAAGGGGUGGUGGGAUUUGGGAAAGCGCUAUCGCGCUCUCUCGGUGUCACUGUAGAACUGUAGAAUAACAACUCCUCUACCAUUGUCGUCUGCAUCAAAGACCAAACUUAAAAGCAGUAGCAGAAAGAAAACCCGAAAAUCAUUUUUCCCUUUCAAUUCUCUGAAACAUAAAAACGAAAAAAAUGGGUAAUCAAUCGUUCGUCUUUUUUUUUUAAUUUUUAAUCACACUAUAAAUAUUAUUAUAAUUUCUGGUCCGCACCCCGCAUUUCGUAACCCCGCCAAAAUCCCUGAAAUCUCUCUCUCUCUCUCUCUCUCUCUCCCUCUGAGACUGUCAGACCACAUACACAUACACAUCUACAGCUACUGAUAAGUGACUAUCGGUGUCUGAAAAAAAAGGAGGGAAGCCUUCGUAUCUUAUUCUCAGUCAGUUAUUCUCUAAAACUCCUAGUCCGCUCGAUAAAUCCCUUCUCAUUCUACUCAUCCUUCUGAGAUAUAAAUCAAGUGUUUCUUCGACGAUAACGACUUCCAUAGGAGAUUUCUGGUCUUAUUAGGAUUUUUAAUACAUGGCCUCCGAGUAGAUGGAUUUGUUCCACCCCAGAGAAUGGACAACGGAUUGAAUUCGCAAAUGGUUUUCCAGGACGAUGGUCUGCAGUUCAGCUGCGGUGCUCCCCAACGUCACGUUGCUGAUCCCGGCCGCAAAACCAGGGAGGUCAGCGGCUUUGCAGACGAGAAGAUGUUUCCCAUCGUCCGAGACCGCUAUGUCCGGACACCGGCUUCGGAAUUCCGACGGAGCCUUUAUGACAGCUCACCUGGUAGGCAAGAUCGUCCUGAGAAUCAGCAGAAUUGGAAUGGCAAUGGAAGCGCUCGACCGCCCAGUGCCGAUGGUUCGGAAGGAGAGGAAGAUGACGACGAGGAGGAGGAUGACGAAGUUGACGAAGGAGACCGGGAAGUUGAGGCUUUGGACCGUUUGGUUGCGGCCGAUGACGGCAACAAUAAGAAUAACAAUAGCAGCAGUAGUGUACAUAGUAGCUCCGAGAAAAUACGCAAUGAAAAAUCAAAUUUACAGAAACACCCUUCUUUUGGCGGUUCAAGCAGGGGAGCAUUGGAAAAGGAUGUGAACGUUGUUCAGUCUGCAACUAGCAUUAGAGGGAGUCCUAGCGAACAACAACAUCAACAAGGUCGGAUUACUCACUACGACAAUGCAGUUACAAUUGCAGAACCGGACAUUUAUUAUUCGCAGUUUCUCCAAGGGACGGAGGGAACAACCCUUGUGCAGAAGGAAAUGGGAGGGGACAAUGGGUGUGGGUUUAGUGGGAGACGGGAUGGAUCUUUGUCAAAUGAAUCCGGAGAAUCUCUAAGGGCAAUUCUCUCAGAUCCUCUGACAGGAACCCUCAUGGACGAUGCAAUGAUUUUGCCCUGUGGGCACUCUUUUGGAAGUGGUGGAAUGCAGCAUGUAUUUAGAAUGAAGGCUUGCUGUAUUUGUUCACAGUCAGUUUCAGAAGAUUCAGUGGCACCAAAUCUGACUCUGCGUGCUGCAGUUCAAGCAUUUCGCAGGGAAGAAGAAUUGCAGUCUUUUCGGGCAUCAAAAAGAAGAAGAGAAAGGUUUGAACAGGACAAGUAUGGUUAUGGUGAUACAUUUCCCAUGGACAUGUCAAGGGGUAGAGGUGUUCAAUUUCCAUUUUCAGUUAGUGACCGGGUUAUCAUAAGGGGUAAUAAGAGGACACCACAACGCUUCAUUGGACGUGAGGCUGUUAUAACAACACAAUGCUUGAAUGGAUGGUACGUUGUAAAGACAUUGGACAAUGCAGAGAGUGUCAAAUUGCAGUAUCGUUCUUUGGCCAAGGUUUCUGAUAAUCCAUUAUCAAAUCUUAUGUCAGUUCCUGUUGAAGCGAGAAGCAGGCUCGUUAUAUUUAAAAAAUUUGAGUGUAUGUUGAGAACCAGACUUGUUAUGUUUACAAAGUUAAAGAAUUCAGAUGAAGGAUUGUUGAUGGUAAUGGAAGCAUGAUCGAGAAGCUUAUUGUGGGGUGUCACUUGUGAAAAUAGGCUUGCAGAUUGAGAAGGCACGGUACGACUGUACGAGGAGCUAAAACUUAUGGCUUGUUUAGCUGAUAGUUUUACCUUGAUACCGAUAGUAAGCUCUUACCCUGAUAAAGAGCAUGCUUUUUAUUGGUGAUGGCUAAACCAUUUGCCCAGAAUGCUCGUUCAUGGAGCAAAUAAUAUGGGUGGUCAUGAAAAACCAGAAAAACUGAAAAAAUUGAACCACCAGUAAUCUGAACUGAAAAGUC